AAGUGGGCGGGUGUAGACAGGUGACGCGCGGUGGAAGUCAGCCGUGGCGGGUACGGUGGCCGGUGGAGGACAGAAGUGGUUUGAAUUUGGCUUGGCGUGGCCUAGAGUGAUUCCUCCCGGUGUACGUGAAGGGUGAAGAGACGGCCAGAGAGCGGAAAUGAGCGUCAGGAGGAGAGAGGAGCAGAGUGACCCCCUGCUGACAUGGAUGCAAACUUUUCAAGUGUCAGGACCCUGCUCAUCGUAUGAGGACCUGACAGGCGGUGUAGCUAUUGCUCAGGUCCUGCAUGUCGUAGAUCCCACCUGGUUUAAUGAGACCUGGGUGAUGCGAAUAAAGCCAGACACAGGAGAUAAUUGGAGGAUGAAGGUAAACAACUUAAAGAAAGUCCUACAGAGUGUUCUGGAGUAUUACCAGGAUGUGCUAGGCCACCCAGUCUCGGAGGAUCGUAUUCCGGAUGUUGCUUUGAUCGGUGAGUUCUCCAACACAGCAGAGCUCAGGAAGAUGGUGCAGCUUGUCCUGGGAUGUGCCAUCAGCUGUGACAAGAAGGAAGAGCAUAUCCAGCAAAUCAUGACUUUGGGGGAAUCUGUCCAGCAGGCUGUCAUGGAAUCCAUCCAGGAACUCCUGAGUAAGGAACCAUCUGAUGCCGUGACAGCCGACACUUACGUGAACUAUGACAGUCAGUCACGUAAAUAUUACUACAUCAGUGAGGACACAGAUGAGAAAAGUGACAUCCUGCAGCGCUGUCAUGAUUUGGAGCAGCAGGUCUCGGUGCUGAUAGAAGAGAAGCGGAGCCUGGUGUCAGAAAACAGAGUCCUCCGGGAACAUCAGGAGGAGGAAGGAAUGGAAUCGCCUCAGGUGUUUAACAAGAAGAUGCUGCUACUGCAGAGUCAGAUUGAACAGUUACAGGAGGAAAACUACAGGCUGGAGAGUGCACGAGAUGACUACAGACAGCGGUGUCAGGAGCUGGAUCGGGAGGUGCAGGAUCUACAGCAGCGUAACCAGGAUCUCACAGGGCUAGCACACGAGGCCCAAUCACUGCGGGAUGAGAUGGAUGUGCUCAGGCACUCCUCGGAUCGGGUGGGGAAGUUGGAGUCUUUGGUUGAGUCGUACAAGAAGAAACUGGAGGAUCUGGGUGACCUGCGCCGCCAGGUGAAGCUCCUGGAGGAGAGGAACACGGUUUACAUGCAGCGCACCUGUCAGCUGGAGGACGAGCUUCACAAGGCACACGCAUCUCGCAGUCAGGUGGAGGGACUCUCCAGACAGAUCCAGGAACUGCACAAAAAGCACUCCUCAGAAUCUCUACGUGCUGAGAAAUGGCAGUUUGAGUUCCAGACUCUUAAGGAGAAGUAUGAGGCUCUACAGAAGGAGAAAGAGCGGCUGCUUAUGGAGCGGGAUUCUCUCCGGGAAACCAAUGAAGAGCUGCGAUGUUCCCACCUCCAGCAGACGUGUCUUGUACAGGGAGAUGUUCUUCUUUCUGGUCCAUCUCCUCCAAUAGAGAAUUUGGCAGCAGAGAUCCUGCCUGCAGAAAUGAAGGAGACGGUGAUUCGGCUGCAGCAGGAGAAUAAGAUGCUGUGUAUUCAGGAGGCCUCAUACCAGGAUCGCCUCUCCGAGUUGCAGAAUCUGCUGGAGGAAUCGAACCGGGGCCGUAACCGUCAGGAGAGUGAGAACCGACUGAAUCAACAGCAGAUCCAAGAGCUGCGGGCUCAGGUAGAGGAACUCCAGAGACAGCUGCGGGAACAGGGCAGUCGUGCUGAAGAUUCUUCACACCUGAAAAGGAAGCUGGAGGAACAUCUGGACAUGCUUCAUGACGCACACUCUGAGCUUCAGAAAAAGAGGGAGUACAUAGAGACCCUGGAACCCAAAGCUGACCUGAACAUGUCCAAGAAAGUGGACGAGUUACAGCAGAUCCUGCGACAGAAGGAAGAAGAUAUGCGCGCCAUGGAGGAGAGGUACAAGAGAUAUGUGGAAAAAGCCCGUACGGUUAUUAAGACUUUGGAGCCCAGACCGCAGAAUUACACCCCUCCUGAAAUCCAGGCCUUAAAGAACCAGCUGCAGGAGAAGCAGACGCGUAUCCGGCAUUUAGAGAAUGACUUUGAGAAGACAAAAUCCCAGCGAGACCAAGAAGAAAAACUUAUAAUAAGUGCCUGGUAUAAUAUGGGCAUGGCACUCCAGCAGAAGGUCACAGAUGACAGGACUCAGGUCCCCAGUGGCGCCCAAUCCUUCCUGGCUCAACAGAGGCUCGCCACCAACGCCAGACGCAGCCAGCUCUCCCGUGCCUCCUUGCUGCCCAGAUAUACCAACGCUGAGAAGCGAAAGAGCCUUUCCUGAAUCCGUUUAUCUUAGAACUGUGGACAUUUCCGAAUAGGAAGCUAGGCUUCAAAUAAGCUAUCCGUUGCCAGGCCCUGUGGGGAGCCCAGUGUACCCCAAUUACACUGGGAAACUCUUCUGGCAUCCUUGGGUCCCCAUCCUGUCUAGGGGGCCUGGCAUGUGUUUUUAUAAAGUGAAUUUCCCCUUUAGUGAAGGGGAGCUGCCUUUUUAAUCUAUCGCUGCCUCCUUUUUAAUGCCAUGUAGAUAUAACCCCGAAACUAUCCCAUAAUGUUCUUGCACGCCCCCCCCUCACACCUGCACCCUACAGACCAAUCGUUUUUUUUCACCUCCUUUGUAACCGUAUCCCCCACCUUUAAUACACGGAUGAGAAUCUUUAUGUACUGUUGAUUGGCGAUGAUGUCACAGCUCUUCAGCGCCAAUCAACAGGAAUAAAAACAAAAAUGCCCACUUCCUUUAUAAACACCGUUUAAUGUCUUUCAAAUGAAGAGCAAAAUAUGGUUUUAUAAGAGAUUUUUUUAAUACAGAGGAAAUAUUUUAAUGAACUAUGGACACGUCCGUUUUGAAAGUUAUAAAUAUAUUAGUUGUUCUAAAAGUUUGUUUC